AUGUCCUUCAUCCAAGAGCUACUCCGGGCUGUCGAGACGAGGCUAUUGGCAGUUGACUCCAGGAUACUUAACAGAGCAGUACUUACAAGGGCGAGGUGGAAGGAAUGGAUUCCUUUUGGGCGAUUUCACGAAGGAUACUACCGCGGGAGUCACGUCUGGAUAAAGGCCUUCACAAACAUCGCACCUGAUACUUCACAUACAUUUGGGGAGCGACUGGCUAGCGAUGUGAUGGAGUGGUCCCAGUUGAAACAUCCACACGUAGUCCGGCUCCACGGAUGGAUUUCAUACGUGAGUAAGGAAAAUCCAUGUCCGGGCUUGGUGCCAAGCUGGUCCGACGGAGGAAAUAUCAGAUCUUUUCUGGGGGGUACUCACGACUUCCCUAGUCGCUGGGCCUUGAUUCGUGGAAUUGCCGAUGGCCUGCACCAUCUACAUUUGCAGGAGAUAGUACAUGGUGAUAUCCAGCCCGAAAAUAUUGUCCUGAGUCGUGAUGGAAAACCACAGUUAUGUGAUUUCGGGCUUUUGUGCAUUAUUUCGGAGACAUCAACACCAAUCGUCAACCCAAACUCGUGGCGAUACUCAGCACCUGAGCUCCGCACAACUCCGGACUUCUUUCGAAACAGGGAGAGUGAUGUCUGGGCAUUUGGAUGCACAGCCAUGGAGAUACUUCUCAAUACGCCACCGUAUUCUGGUGUUGAAGGGACUGAGCUUUUCUUGCCUACAGGACCACCAUUUGCCGAUCCCACUGACGGAGAGAUUCUCAUGCCGUGCCUCGAGACUCUCCCUCACGCUCGAACCGAUAUGGAGACGGUUAUCCAAUCGCUCGGUCGUACUCCAUGA